AUGACCCUCACCAGAAAACGUAGCACUGUGGCACCAGCAUGCCUUACAAAGGCGAGUCGACGGAGACUGACCCUUCAGAAGAACUCCAAAUCGGAUGUUCGCGAUGACCGGACACCUCAGCAGCAGGUGUUCGGCGACCCGAAGUUGCUCGAGCACAUCCUCGCACAAGUUGGAAGCAUGCAAACACUUCUCCUUAGCCAACGCGUCGACACAACUUUCCAGAAAUGCAUCAAAGGAUCGCCACUCUUACGGCAGAAGCUAUGGCUCGAGCCAGACCCGGACAUGAAGAUGUGGCACCUAGGACGCCUAAAUCCACUACUCAGUAGAAGCGUCUCACGGAAGAAGCACAAACACAUCCUGGCCUUAUCCCACUCCGGAUGCGACGUCUGUAUCUUGACGACGAUGAACGCCCGAAGUGUCGAAAUGUCUGGAAGCUGGCGGGAUAUGCUGAUUUAUCAACCGCACAGCCCAUUCGCCGUCUUCAAGACAGCGGAUUGCUGGGCGUCGGGCGAGAGUUUCAGUCAGAAUCACUUCAAGGAUCCUCCGACUGCUGGACAGCUCGUCAAUGUGGCAACUAGUCGUUCUCAAAAGACGCUAUCACAGCCUGCAACUCGACCGCUAUCGGCCGACUAUGACCGCAAAUGUGGUUAUCCUGCGACGGGACAUGGCUGCCAUCGCGCAAAGGUAUCGGUGCCAUGA